AUGCCCCAUACUCCACUACCAGUAGUCGGUCCUCUCUCACUUGACGGCGCGACAGAGCAAGCUCCGGUAAACGUUGCUGCCGUCGAACCCAGUGGCCUUGUUGACACAUCUCGACCAUCCUCUUUCUUGCAGGGAUCAUCGACACAGGUCAAUGUCUCCAGGCUGUCAGCCAAUCAAACACAACUUAGACUCGGUAACCAACAUGGCCACAACAGCAUGAUGCUGGAGAGUAAUCCGAGGAAACGACGAAAGAUUACACAGGGAAAUGACAGCGCUGUUUCGUGUGAUGACCAAGUUGCUGUUGGACCUGAGACAUGGCAUGAGCAGUUCACAAAUGCUGCAGCUAAUAUCCAUGAGCAAAUUGGAACAGAGCAUGGCGGAGAUGAUUCAGAUAGGUCGGCAGCUCAACCGAUCUCAACUCUGCAAGAUUCUUCAAGUGAAUCACCGGUGCAGCGUUCGACUAGCCUUGAGGGCUCACAUCAGACAAGGCUUGAUCCAUCUUCCUAUUUUUUGUCUCAACCUCCGCUCCCACUCGAAGCAAACAUUCCUGUGCCUGAAUCUGAACUCGCCGCUGCCGCUCCGAGUUCCGAGGAGCCGAUGAUGUCUAGUCCACGCAAGACAAUUGUACGUCUGGGUGCCAAUGGGAAACUCACCAACUCUCCGAAAAGGUCUCAGAAAAGGUCACCAAGGUCCGCAAAUACAGCCGUCACUUCCAGGUCAAGGAAAGUUGAGAUGAAGAAUAGGAAAUUCGCUUCGUCGUUGAGAGUUACACUAUCCUAUACUUCUCCAGCCUGUGGCAAGACGAUCGAUGAAAUCUUGUCGGUUCAAGCAGAAGCCCUCGAAACUCCUGCGCAAGCUCUCUCAAGCCCCAAGCAGUCCACAAAAGGAGGGACUGAGAUGGUCCAUCCUUUUUUUCGAGGGAAAGUCUCCACGAAAACUCGACCUGUGUCUAGGACUAAUAGCGAACCGGCUUCCACUGCACCAGUGUCCGAAGAUGAGGCAAGAACGAGCGCAAAACAACCAAAGGCGUGGAACAACAUUAUCUUCAGCUCAAGAAAGUCUUCGCAAAAGCUAUUGCCAGGGCUGGAUCCGAUCUGGCCGCCUAAUGCAAUGCAUAACAUUCAGCCAGAAGAACAGCUUCCAAUAACCCCUGUGGCUUCGCUGUUAGCGACAAGCAAGUCAAAGGCAAAACAAACUGUGGCUCGAAUUAAUGAACCAGAGGAUGUUCUGCGGAUGUUUGCUUUUCAACUUGGGAGUGGACUCGAUCAACCCGUUCAGCCUAUUCAUCUCCCAACUCGCACCAUCAUGAGCGGCAAAACGUUAUUUGAUGUUUUGACGCUUGAUUCAUUGAACCAACCAUUGACAAAUGUGCUAAAGUCCUGCAUAGAAGCUCAAACAUCUUCCUUCGAUCGAGGACUGGCGUCUGGGCCGAAUGCAUGGUCUGAAAGGUAUGCACCUGAAUGCUGGCAAGAAGUACUACAGCCCAAAGCUCAGAUUUUGCAUGAUUGGCUGAGUAAUUUGGAGGUUCAUAACGUCCAAAGUGGUCAUGUUCAAGCAAAGCAGAAGCCUGCUCUUCAGAAGAAACGACGUAAGCGGAAAUCGGACGAGAUCGAUGACUUCAUUGCUGGCUCUGACGAUGACGAACUGAACGACAAACAAUCUUCGCGAAAUGCUAUCCUAUUGACCGGACCUUCUGGUUGUGGCAAAACGGCUUCCGUUUAUGCAGUGGCCCACCAACUAGGUUUCGAGGUGUUUGAGAUUAAUCCGGGCAUGCGACGAAACGCGAGGGACAUUAUGGACCAAGUUGGUGACAUGACCCAAAAUCACCUUGUCCAAAAGGCAGCGGGCAUAUUGAGCCGCAGAUCUAGUGUCUCUGCGAGUGACUGCGAGUAUGUUCCACCUUUGCCCAUUAGCCCACCUGCAAACCAAAAGACCAUGGCUUCAUUCAUGGGCAAUAGCAAGAAGAAUAAGAUGGAUUUCCCCAAUACAGAAGGAGGCAGAGACCUGAAGGCGAAGACUCAGAAGCAAUCACUCGUCUUAUUUGAGGAAGUCGACAUACUCUUUGAAGAGGACAAAGGCUUCUGGACGGCUGUACAAGCACUGAUUCAUACUUCGAAGAGACCCGUCAUAUUAACAUGCAAUGACACCAGUUCGGUACCAGCAGAUGAUCUGAAUUUGUACGCAACGAUCGAAUAUGAGAAGCCGCCUCUAGAUGUGGCAAUUCAAUACCUGCGAAGCGUCGCGGCUUCCGAAGGUCACCUGCUCAGUCAUGAAGCCAUUCAGAAUUUGUACCUGAAUAAGGGCCGUGACCUGCGUGCGUCACUGACAGAGCUCAACCUUUGGUGCCAAAUGACAGUAGGAUCACAACGAGGUGGGAUUGACUGGAUGAUGCCAUACAAUGAAAGAUGCUCAAUUACCUCUGAUGGAUCGGUCACCAGGAUUAUCAGCAAAGACACUUACAUCAAUGGGCAUGACCUUUUACCCACAGUCACCUACGACUCAGACGAAUUUGUUCGCUUUGCAAUGGAUCAUUUGGACUUGUCUGCCCUGGACUGGGUGAGUGAAGACGUACACUACUCAAACAAUGCAACUGGGCUGCACGAACUUGACAACCUACUUUCCUUAUGUGAGGCAAGGAGCUGUAUUGAUAUCUUGGACGACGCAGUAUCUCCUCUGAUAGCUGGUCAAAUUAAGAAGCUCUCGGCCUCUGCAGAACUUGUCAAUGCGAGAGACGAACUUGUUAAACUGUACCUCAGCCCGCACCCACUACACUUACCACAAUCCAACAUCGUGGAAGCAUUGUCUCCCUUGGCUGAAGAAACCCGCAUAGGCCUUCCACAGCCGCUUGGCCGCAAAGCACCGUCUAUGGAUGCUGCUUCUGUGUCUUUAGUCACUGAUAUUGCUCCCUAUGUGCGCUAUAUUGUCCGCCACGACCAAAAUCUUGAGGCACUCCGCGGUGAACUCGAUGGCGGAUCGCAAUCUGGCUGCAAUAAACGUCAAAGACGAACAAGAGCAGCCAGAGCAGCCUUAGAGGGCGGGACCAAGGCUAGUACAAGGCGGGACAAGUGGUUUUCUGACUCGUUGGAUUUCGAUGCCGUGCUGGUGACCGGCGGGGUAUGGCCACAUGCACAAUUAGGUCAACCACAAGAAACCAUAGAAGCAACAAACUUUCAUGGUCCUUCGAGCUCGGAAUCUUCAACAGAGGUCUGCUGA